UCACUCCGCCCUCGGGAACGGACUCCAUCCCGCCCAAAGAGACGAAAAAGAAUCGGCGUUCCAAUUUUCUGUGUUCCUUGAUCUGUUGCUUGGGUCGGCGUCAGUCUGAUUUCAAAGAGAAUGAGUCUCACCUGUGCCACGGAGGAUCGUCCCACCAAGGGGACGCCUCCCCUGAUGGACACCCCCUCAAAAGUGGUGGCGGGAACACCUCCUCGAAUAGCAAAGGGACCAAGCCUCUCCUGUCGGAUCCGAGAGCUGAACAUGUCACCCGCAAGUGCAUUGUCAUUGACCUGGACGAAACGUUAGUGCAUAGCUCAUUUAAGCCUAUCAGUAAUGCCGAUUUCAUAGUCCCAGUGGAGAUUGAUGGGACAAUCCACCAAGUGUAUGUGUUGAAGCGUCCCCACGUCGACGAAUUCCUCUGUCGCAUGGGAGAGCUUUACGAAUGUGUCUUAUUCACUGCUAGUCUGGCCAAGUAUGCGGAUCCUGUGGCGGAUCUUCUGGACAAAUGGGAUGUCUUCCAUGCACGAUUGUUUCGGGAAUCGUGCGUUUUUCACCGUGGUAACUACGUCAAAGAUCUUAGUCGGCUGGGGCGAGAACUACACAAAAUCAUCAUUGUGGACAACUCGCCGGCCUCUUAUAUUUUUCACCCAGAAAAUGCAGUCCCAGUGGCCUCGUGGUUUGAUGAUUUGAACGAUCAUGAGCUGUUGGACUUGAUCCCGUUCCUCACCAAUUUAAGCCAAGCUGAGAGUGUCUAUGAAAUGCUCCGAACCAAGUUCAGAUCGGGACCGCCUUCUCUUCCAUUAGCUUCUGGAAACGGAGGCGGGUCCGGGACCUCUUCCGGAAUCAUUGCACAAGUGGCCCCCCCGUCUAGCAAUUCGAUUAUCACGUCCGUUGAGCCGAAAACCUCAUCUUCCUGAUAGCUAGCUCUGAUGCGAUUAUUAUGAUCACCAUUGCUACUAUUAUUACGACUUCUACUACUACUUCUAUUACUAUUAUUAAUCGACUCGAAUUUCAACAAUUACACAUGCACUUUGACGUGGCGAAAGAUGCUUGAUACAAAGAGUGAGAGCUUCACGAAGAGAGGUGCAGUCUUCUGGUGCUAGUUGACAAAACCAACAGUUGUCACUUCCCCUUCCCUCCCCCUGAAUACACAAAAAACACGCCUCUUUUGCAAGAUUUUACUACUCUGACUAUUCGUGCGUUGGAACCCAUCCCUUUUGAAAAUGGACUUCUUGCUGCGGAUUUACGUGCUGCUGAUGCUGCUACUACUACUACUACAACAACAACGUCUACAUCAUCAUUACUACUAUUUCCACAACAGCAAGUGCUACAACAACUAAUAUUAUUAUUACUACUGCUAGUAUAAUCCUCGUCUACAGUCUGCGAUUAGUCAUCGCCAUCAAUAUUAUUCCGUGCCCCCCCCAAAAAACACAGAUGCAGAAGAAAAAAAAAAGAUCAACAUGUAAGACGGAACGUAUCUUUUGUAAUCCUGUCCUCGCCAUACAUGUUAAAAUAUAACUUUGCCAGAACAACAUGUUCUAACAUGA